CUAAGCCCUUAUUGGGCAGCGGUCGCCACUGGCAGUCUAUAAAACUCCGACUGGAGAACAGAGUUAGCACUUUCCAGAAGGACAGCCAGCCAGCGAGCCCCCCCCAAUCAGUCAGGAUGUCUAUCACUAAGAUCCAUGCCCGAGAGAUCCUCGACUCCAGAGGAAACCCCACCGUGGAGGUGGACCUCUACACCGCUAAAGGCCGUUUCAGGGCAGCCGUGCCCAGUGGUGCCUCUACCGGUGUCCAUGAGGCUCUGGAGCUGAGAGAUGGAGACAAGUCUCGCUACCUGGGGAAAGGUACCGUUAAGGCUGUGGAUCAUGUGAACAAGGACAUCGCUGCCAAACUGAUUGAGAAGAAGUUCAGUGUUGUUGACCAGGAGAAGAUUGACAAAUUCAUGCUGGAGUUGGACGGAACUGAGAACAAAUCUAAGUUUGGAGCCAAUGCCAUCCUGGGCGUGUCUCUGGCGGUCUGCAAGGCAGGAGCAGCAGAGAAGGGAGUGCCCCUGUACCGACACAUCGCUGACCUGGCCGGACACAAGGAUGUCAUCCUGCCCUGCCCUGUGAGUACAGGUUUAACCUUUAACCCCUGCCCCGUGAGUACAGGUUUAACCUUUAACCCUGCCCCGUGAGCACAGGUUUAACCU